UGAGGUUAUUUUAUGUCUAUCUGUCAAUAACAAAACAGUUAAUUUGUAACCAGAGAGUUUUUAUGUCUGACCAUAGCCAACAUAAAAUAUGAAAAUAAUAUUAAUGUGGUCUUCCCAUAGACCUAAUAUCUAUUUGAUUGAUUCAUAUUAGGUCUAUGGGUCAUCCCAAAUAUUACUGUUCUCCCAUAAUAACAUAUAUAGGUUAGAUAUAUAGAUUAACGAAGUACUGUAUAUGAUUAGGUAUUUCUAUGGUUUACUAAUAAAAAAAUGUCAACUGUUGUCAACAAAAUCCCAAACUUGUCAACUAGCCAGGAAGAAAUUGGAAUAAAACAAUGACUAAAAUGUAUAUUAAUAACAUUACUAUUUCAUCAUAAAAUAUUCCCUUAUAUGUUAGUGCGGAAACCAUGUAAUUUAUAAAUAUGGUCCCAUUCAUAAUGGAUAAAAAAUAUGAUUUUCUUUGUUGCAAACUAAUAUCAUUAAGAUGGAACAUGGUGUUUUAAUGCAAAAUAAUAGUGUAAACAUGGGAGCAACAAGUAAUUCAAAUAGUGCUCGACUGGUAGCUUUACAAGAGAGGAAAAAGUCUAUUGAAGAAGCUUUAAACAAUAAGGAGAAAGAACUGAGAGAAUUAUGUCUACAGGAAGCAGAUCUCACAGGAAUUAUUCCUUCAGAAAUGCCAUUGCAGCCUGGAGAGUCACCUCCAAGUAUAAGGCGAAAAAUUGGGACGUCAUAUAUGUUGCCAGAAAAUUUGCUCAAAUAUACUAACAAUAAAGGAGAAAACAUUGCAGAUUUAGAAUUACAACUACAACUCCAUGCUAAUAUGGCUGAAGCUGCACUAGGCCUAGCUCAUAAACAAAACUUAAGCAAGACUGUAAGGCGACAGCAUAAAUCCGAAUACCAACAUCAUAAAAGGGAAUAUAAAGUUCUACAAGAAAAAAUUGCUUUAUUAAAAGAGGCUCAUUUACUCCAGCAGCAACAAGAACAAACUUCGGUGAACAAUCAACAAAAACAAAAAAAGAAACCAAGACCAUCUGAUCCAGAAGAUGGCUUAUCUAUGAUAUCAAAUGACCCAUUCCGAAAGAGCGAACACAGACAGAGCAUAAGAUCUAUUCGACAUACAUUACAGUCCGACAAUAUUACACAAAUGUAUCCCCAACUACAUCAGAGGAUGCCAAAUAGAAAUCCUGAAGUUUCUUAUGACAUGAACCAACAGAUGAAAUUUGAAGAUUUAUCCUCGUCAUUUUACAAGCUGAAUUUCACAGGUUACAAAACAUACAUUGAAAGGAGAGAAAGUUACGCACCUUCACAACCAACUUACAAUCCAAAACCGGCAAAUUAUCAACAUGUUCAUGGUAGUCCUACAUAUCCCACGACCCAGUUCCAAUAUAAUCACGUGUCUUACACGCCUGUACAACAAGGAAGUCCUGUUUCUUCACAUGGAGUCUUAACCUCACACAAUCCUACAAUUUCUCCUCAUAACCAUCUUCCUCCUCAAGUUUCUCCUAGUUGUUCCGACAUGUCCACAAUCUACAGCUCUAAAUAUAAUAAUCCAAGGUAUUACCAGACGAUGGUUAAUCCUGCACAUUAUCAGAAUUAUGUCAAAUACACCACUAGCAACCCGAUUCCUAUAUCGAGGCAAUCCAGUCCUAAUUUGAAUGGUAAUCUGAACAAAUAUCAGUAUUCCAAUUCGCCAGUGCCAUCCCAGCAGUCCUACAUGUUUAAAAACAGCAGCUCCGACUCUGUAUCAAGCAAUCUACAGAAUCCUCACCAACUUCAGCCUCAUCAGCAGUAUGAACAAAAUGCCGGACUCGGUGGAUGUUGGAGGAAAAAGGAAAGUGGAGAAAUUAUUUGGUGUAAUUCUUCUUCCACUAUGGACUCCAACUGGCAGAGAGAAAAGAGGUUUGGAAGUUUGGACCGACGGAAAAAUAGGAGAAUUCAAAAAAGAGUUUCUCCGAAUGGAGAUAACAAAUCUGCUACACUGGCUACAAUUAAUUAUUCGUUAGAUCAAAAGAAACCCUGUGUUAUGCAUUCACCACAAGUUCAAACUAGGCAUUCACAAGAUAGACAAUUGGUUAGAACACAGUCGCUAGGGAGUGUAGGUGUACAAACUUUGGAUAAUGUCUGGCCUAGCGAUGACAAUUCCUCAUGUGACAGUGAAAAUCGCAGCAUUCAUGAAAGAUCCAACAACACAAUAAGACGUAACAAACAGAAGGAAUGGAGAGAAACGUCUUUGGACAGUCCUGGUUCCCCAGUUUCUUCUGUAGUUAGUCGUUGCCAAUCAACAGUUCCUCCUAUAUUAUCCCCGGAAGAAAAAUAUUUAUCAAAUACUUGUAUACCUUCGCCGAUUAUGACGAAACCUUCAUUAGAAAUACCGGCAGAAUCGAAUCCAUCUCCCAGGAUACCUGAAACUAAUAUGGAACUGUUCAACAAUAAUAUACUUAACAUUCCUAAAAAUUGUACUAUAGUUCAAGCUGGUCACUGCAAACCGUACCAUGAGGAAACCAAACCUUUUGAAAUGUCAGACUUUUAUAAGUACUCGACAAAAUUCAAGAAAUCUCCUUCCAAGAGUAUUACUUCCGAGGAUAGAGUGACACUGGAUAGAACAAAUAAUUUCCCCAGAAACUUGCAAGAUCAUUACGAGACAAAGAAUUUAUACCACCACCACAAUCUACAAAAUAAUUGUUCACCAAGAGGCUCAGUUAGCUCAAAUCAAAUGGACCAUAUGAAUAACAGUAUGGAAUACCAUCAGACAACUCCAAUCCAGGACCACUUCCCUCAAGACAAAAAUUUGUGGUACAGUUCGCAGUCUCCAGAACAAGAAAACAACAACGCAACCUUGGUUUAAUUCCAUUCUCUGCAAAAACCCAAUGUUGAGAUUGGUAGGAUAUUGAAAUUUUUCCGCUAGUAAAGAAGUUCAAACCUGCAAUUGUAAAUACUCAACGCAAAAGACGCAUUCGGAAUUUUUAUAUCGGAGAGCAUAGUAUGAUCAAUGAUUUUCCUAGAGUAGCGUGGCGUGGAACUUAAUUUUUUUUUAGUCAGAGGUAUAUUUUAAGGAUUCAGAUUUUAUGUUUGUAUAUAUCUUGCACCGUUAUCAUGUUUUAUAUAUAAGAGUGCAUAACAUAUUUUUUGAUUUCAAGUCUUCAUUUAUUUUUAUCAUUCGAAGACAUUAAUUCUAUUUCUUUCAUCGAUAAUUCCAAAUUGGCCAAUUUAAUUUUUAUGUAAACCAGAUGCUGGGCAAAACUGGAACAUACUAGCCCAAUUUCUUCAUUGUUAAAUAGGGGACAUUCUGAAUUCGGUUCUUAAAUUUUCUGUUCAAUAGGAAGUGGUUAUUAACACAUACAACUGUGAUAGUUGAAGACCCUCUUAGAGUUUGGUAUUUCUUCAAUAUAAAAGUAAAUUGUUGUAUUUCAAAAUUAUCAAGAAUAUAAGGAAACCAAAUGACAUUGGAAAGUGAUAGUAGUGAAAAACGUUAGUUAGUGAAAAUUGUAUACAUAUUUACUCUACUAUUUUAUGAAUAAAUUUCAUUCAAUUUUU